AACAGAGUUUAGACUGUCUUUGCUUCAUCAUCUGAAGGCAAAAUUUUCCAGAUACGGCAGACGGCUCUCAGAGUACAAUAAACAGGGAAUGAGAACUAUUUACAUGAGAAUUUCUUCUUCAUGAUGCCGUGGAGAAGCCUUGGCCACUUGAUUCUGCCAGAUGUUCCUGGGGUUACUGUAAAUGGGAAGGACAGACAGAGCUAAACAAGGUUGAUGAUUUAAAAGUGCCUUGUGAGGUCAAUUCUACUGGAAACUGCAGCCUGGAAGCUUUCUUGGUUUUGUUUUGUUUUGUUUUGUUUUUUGGUUGAAUACAUGGUACCCUGACCUUAUGAGUGGAUGAAGAUACCUCACUUGUCUGACUUUGCCAAUCGCUUGAUUUCAGAACUUAAAGGGUGGAGGGAAAAAAAAAAAAUCUUGUGAAACUAUGAACAUCUGAGUGGUUUAUUUUCCAGCAUCGUCGAUAACUAUAAGCAUCAGAAGUAAAUAUUCUCCCAAGGAGUGCCAUGCUAUUGAAGUCACUUUAUUAAAAACAGUCAAGAGACUUGGACGUUUACAGCCAGAGAUGACAUUGAGCAUGCUUUUAUCGCGGCCCGCAGUCUUCAAGUGGGGCAUAUUGAUUGAUGAGUGACUGCCUGCUGAUAAGUUCUCUUCUCAUUCUGUUUUGUGGAUUGGGCUUCAUAAAGCAAUUUAUCACUUACCUUAAGAGUUACAUGUAGGAUUUUUCACAAUAGUUUUGGAAUUAUUGGAACUUGAAUUGAUAUCAUCAUUUAACGGAAACUAAAAAAAUCCAACUUACUUUUUCAUCAUGGCUUUGAACAUUGCCCCCGUCAGAGAUACAAAAUGGCUGACAUUAGAAGUGUGCAGACAAUAUCAAAGAGGAACUUGCUCACGUUCUGAUGAGGAAUGCAAAUUUGCUCACCCCCCCAAAAGUUGCCAGGUUGAAAAUGGAAGAGUAAUUGCCUGCUUUGAUUCCCUAAAGGGUCGUUGUUCAAGAGAGAACUGCAAGUACCUUCACCCUCCGACACAUUUAAAAACUCAACUAGAAAUUAAUGGGAGGAACAAUUUGAUCCAGCAAAAAACUGCAGCAGCAAUGCUUGCCCAGCAGAUGCAAUUUAUGUUUCCAGGAACACCACUUCAUCCAGUGCCCACCUUUCCUGUAGGUCCCACAAUAGGGACAAAUACAGCUAUUAGCUUUGCUCCUUACUUAGCACCUGUAACCCCUGGAGUUGGGUUAGUCCCAACAGAAAUUCUACCUACCACACCUGUUAUUGUUCCUGGAAGUCCACCUGUCACUGUCCCGGGCUCAACUGCGACUCAAAAACUUCUCAGGACUGACAAACUGGAGGUAUGCAGGGAGUUCCAGCGAGGAAACUGUGCCCGGGGAGAGACCGACUGUCGCUUUGCACACCCUGCAGACAGCACCAUGAUCGACACAAAUGACAACACCGUAACCGUUUGUAUGGAUUACAUAAAGGGGCGUUGCAUGAGGGAGAAAUGCAAAUAUUUUCACCCUCCUGCACACUUGCAGGCCAAAAUCAAAGCUGCGCAGCACCAAGCCAACCAAGCUGCAGUGGCCGCCCAGGCAGCUGCCGCCGCGGCCACAGUCAUGACUCAGUCGACUGCCAAAGCAAUGAAGCGACCUCUCGAAGCAACUGUAGACCUGGCUUUUCCUCCUGGUGCUCUUCAUCCUUUACCAAAGAGACAAGCACUUGAAAAAAGCAACGGUGCCAGUGCGGUCUUUAAUCCCAGCGUCUUGCACUACCAGCAGGCUCUAACCAAUGCACAGUUGCAGCAGCACACCGCAUUUAUCCCAACAGGGUCAGUUUUGUGCAUGACACCCGCUACCAGUAUUGUACCCAUGAUGCACAGCGCUACGUCCGCCACUGUCUCUGCAGCAACAACUCCUGCAACAAGUGUCCCCUUCGCAGCAACAGCCACAGCCAAUCAGAUAAUCCUGAAAUAAUCAACAGAAAUGGAAUGGAAUGCCAAGAAUCUGCAUUGAGAAUAACUAAACAUUGUUACUGUACAUACUAUCCUGUUUCCUCCUCAAUAGAAUUGCCACAAACUGCAUGCUAAAUAAAGAUUUAGUUUUCCUGGACAGACCACAAACUCUAAGAAGCUAGCACUGCUAUAUCAUAUAUGAGUAUUAAAUAUGGUAUGCUUAGUAUAUUCCAACCUAAGAUAGUUAACUACCUGAUACCAGCUGUGAUGUUUAAAGACAUAAAGGGUAAAGUUUACUUUUAAAAGUUCAACAAACAUGGUUUCUGUCCAAGGAAUAUUGUCUUAUCUCCGUAGCUAUAGCUGAUGCUGAAAGUCCAACCAAUGUACUCAUUUAGACAGAAUAUCUCAAAUUUAGCAAUAAAAAAUUAGCAUUAUUUAAAAAAAAAAAAAAAAAAAAAAAAAACUAUUCCAAG